UCACCUUAUUUCCUAGCUAUCUCCCUUACUAACUUGUAUAAAUUUCAUUCUAUCUUCUCUCCAAAAAAUUAAAGUUUCACAGAAUCUAUUUCUUUGUCAUAUAGAUACAAUGGAUGUGAAAGAAGAGAGAAUUAAAGGCUUAAUGAAGCUGAAGGUGCUCAUAACCAAGCUGCAACGACGCUGUUUGUUCUCAACAUCGAGAGCUGGAGCUUAUCUCGACCCAGUGGAUGAAAAUGAAGAAGAGGGAUCAGGUGGAACAGUGAAGAAAGGUCAUUUUGCAGUUGUUGCAGUAAAGGGUGAAAAGCCAAAGAGGUUCAUUUUUGAGUUGGGUUAUCUGAAUGACCCGAAAUUCAUUAAGCUGCUGGAGCAAGCUCAAGAAGAAUUUGGAUUUGAGCAAAAGGGUGUUCUUGCAGUGCCUUGCCAACCUGAAGAACUACAGGAUAUUGUAAAUUCUUCAAGAAAUAGAAGAGCCAGUGCUGAAUGGUAGAUUUUAAUUUAAUGGAGUUUUAUAUUUAGCUUUAGCUUUGGAUCACUUAUAUAUUGACAAAUGUGUAUAUGUCUGUGUUAUUUUACUGAAGAAUUCAAUUAAACAGUUUAAAUCUA